CAAGUUUUAGUCUGUCAGUGACUGUUGUACUGAUUACAGACUGAAGCUAGUGGAAGUCCUGGCUGCUCCACCCCUGCCCACACCCCAGGGCACCGUUUUUCUCCUCCCUUCCGGAGGCUCCCUUUGUUCACCACGAAACUGGAACCUGCUCUCCCCUUCCCAGGGUCCAAAUCCAGCACCCACCUCAAACAGCACCCAUCCCAUUGCUUCGUCCUCCAACAGGUCUGGGGCAACCGUCCUGUCUCAAGCGUCCCACCUGGCCGUCCCUGCAGAGGCCUGCCUGGAGGCCGCCUGUAGAGUGCGGGCAAGAUGUCCAACCCCUUCCUCAAGCAAGUCUUCAACAAGGACAAGACCUUCCGGCCCAAGCGCAAGUUCGAGCCAGGCACCCAGCGCUUCGAGCUGCACAAGAAGGCGCAGGCAUCGCUGAAUGCGGGGCUGGACCUGAAGCUGGCCGUGCAGCUACCGGCCGGUGAGGAGCUCAACGACUGGGUGGCCGUGCACGUGGUGGACUUCUUCAACCGCGUCAACCUCAUCUACGGCACCAUCAGCGACGGCUGCACCGAGCGUUCCUGCCCCAUCAUGUCGGGCGGCCCCAAGUACGAGUACCGCUGGCAGGACGAGCACCGCUUCCGCCGGCCCACGGCGCUGUCGGCCCCCCGGUACAUGGACCUGCUCAUGGACUGGAUCGAGCUGCAGAUCAACGACGAGGGGGUCUUCCCCACCAGCGUCGGUGGUGAGGAAGAUCCUGUCCCGGCUCUUCCGCGUGUUCGUGCACGUCUACAUCCACCACUUCGACCGCAUCGCGCAGCUCGGCUCCGAGGCCCACGUCAACACCUGCUACAAGCACUUCUACUACUUUGUCACCGAGUUUGGCCUCAUCGACACCAAGGAGCUGGAGCCGCUGAAAGAAAUGACCGCACGGAUGUGCCACUGAGAGCCCGCGGCCCUGCUGUCACCAAUGCCGCACCUGGGGGACACUCCGACUCUGGAGCUGUAUCUCCGGAACCAGGACCCAUGUGUUCUGAUCCAGCGAGCUCUGCCGCUGGGGUUGUGUCCUUGCUUCAGUUCCAAGGUGGCAGCAGCUGUGGAGCCCCACGCCAUGGCACGUGGCCUCCCUGAGCCUGUCUCUGCUGUCUCGGGGGAGGCUGAACUUGAACUCUGCGAUUCUGUGCGUUGUGAGCAACCAGGAGAACCCACUUCGCUUGUAAACCACUUGCACCUGCCUCGAGGCUGGAGCUGCGGCCGGGCCUCCGGCCACCCACCUGGGGCCUGUCUCCUCAGCAGCCUGCUCGGUCUGGGGCCCUGGGGCCUGACCAUCGAGGCUGGGAUAGGUGAUCCACGCCCUGGCCCCGAGUCCGGUUCCCAGCGGCCAGGCUCCGUCCUCCCCGCAGCCUCCCCAGCCCACUUCCAUUCCCCGGUUCCUCCCAGAGGCUCGGCCCGUCUGCCUGCUUCUCGAGCCCACGCCCGCAUCCCACGUCCCUGUGGCCCCUUCGUGUCCCGUGAAGGGUUGAAUCCUUGGCUGCAUUUACCACUGCCAUGAGAUGUUACAGGGGAGGGGAGCGUGUUUUACCUACAAACAGUGAGUGCCCCUCCCUGGAAAAAUGUCCCCUUUGUGUCACAAACGACAGGAUGACUCCAUGGAACGCCUCUCCUCCAGGAUUGGGACCUUUGAGUUUCACCGAAUGUUUCGCUAGAACCGGCCUUUGCACGUGCCCACCAACUUCACGCUGAAGCCCUCUGGGGUGCGGCACCCCUGUGGCUACAGGACCAAAACCCCACACCAUCUCCCCGCAGAGCCUCGGGAGGUGGGACCGCACUGCGGUGGCCACAGAAGCCACGCCCAGCCCCCCCCCAAAGGCAUCCUGGGUGGCCUCUGCCUCAGGCCACACAGACUCUGAGUACCUCUGGGUGUCUGGGAUGCUCACAUUGAGGGGGUCACCGCCACCACCCAACACCAACACAGAUCAAGUGCAAUUAACGCAACCUGGGCCUCUGUCCCUUCAGAAGCCGCUGGAGUCCGCCUCUCGGAGGCCUUGGGAGGUGGCCCUGAAGGACUUCAGGAAACCGGCUGAUCGGCUGAUCGAAUGUAGCUCCUUUUAAAUGCAGAACCAUGACCAAAUGCCAUAACCACUGUGCCCUCCAGGUCACCGGCCAGGUGGGGGAAGGAGGUGGGACGGGAGGACAGAGGGUCCCCUGCCCCCUCCCUCACCCCAGCGUGUUCCCACACGAUCAGCAGAAUAAACUGUACUGUCUCCUGA